AUGCAGCUCCGUCGCGCCACCAUGGAGGACAUGUACGAGAUGCAGCACAGCAAUCUCCGCUGUCUUCCGGAGAACUACAACCUGCGGUAUUACUACUACCAUCUCUUGUCAUGGCCGCAGCUGCUCUACGUGCAGCAAGAUUAUAAUCGCAACACCGUGGGGUAUGUUCUAGGCAAGAUGGACGACGAGGAGAUGCCAGAUAAGAAACACGGGCACAUCACGUCCUUGGCUGUGCUGCGCUCGCAUCGCAAGCUCGGCAUCGCGUCGCGAGUGAUGCGGGCGACUAUGAAGGAGAUGGACGCUGAGUACGGCGCUCACUACUGCUCUCUGCAUGUGCGCAAGACAAACGACGCCGCACUACACCUCUAUCAGGACACCCUCGGCUUUCGCUGCGUUGGCGUAGAGGAGAAGUACUACAUGGACGAGGAGGACGCGUAUCACAUGAAGAGCUUCUUCCACCAGCCGAAUCCCGGCUCCUACGUCGACGAUCACAAGCGGCUGAUCCGCAAGGCGGUGCCGGGUGAGGUGGAAGGCGGCCCGGCCACAUCUGGCGCGUUGUCGCCGGCGGCCGGCGGACACGGCGGGGACAAGAAUGGCAAGAGGGGGAACGAUAAGGCCGCCAAGGAGAUCUCCGCCAAGGAGCGGGAGGCGGCGAUGGCCGAGCUGCUGAGGCUGGAGGCAGGCGGCAAGGGCAAGGUCGCGGCUGGUGGUGCUGGGGGAAAGGGCAAGAGCGGCAACAGCGGCGGCGGCGGCGGGAAGAGAGGCAGCGGGCGACAGAGGUAG